AUGAGUGGGCAACAAGGCCAGCCUUCGAGGGGCGUGCUUUCACUCAUCCCACCGCACCUGGCCCGGCUGCGCAUCCACACAAGACACACAACAUCACUGUCAGUCAACCGGUCACGGCAUCGACACAACUUCUGCGGUCCAACGCCCACCGACCUCAACUCCUUCUUGAUCCCGUCCGGAAGACCGUCCGCAACCUACACCCCCUCGACGACUUGGCCCAGGGAGACUCCACACCAACAGACGCACGUCUGCCCAAAUCCCAUCUUUCCUCCAUUUGCGCCAGAGUCGCAGUGUACCUCGACUGAACCCGUUGUCCCCCAACCUCAGCAACGUUCAAGCGCUGCUGUAGCGAACAACAUAGCACCACACACCAGGACAGCACCAAUCGUCGCGUUCCCGACGACCUCGUCCUACUCGAGCGGCUAA